GAUCGUGCUGUCUCGCUACGGCCAGCUCUCAAAAUUAAGUGGCCCGAAUUGGAGCCCUCGUCGAACCAACAUUUCUAUUCUAAUCCGCGCGCUAAAAACCUAUUAGCCUGUACCGCCUCUCGUCAUGACUUCGUCCCCUACCGGAAAGGGUCUCAUGUUCUCCAGACAGAGUGAGUUGCCGAAGCUUCCUGUACCACCUCUUAAGGAGUCUAUGGAAAAGCUUCUCAUGACUGUCAAGCCACUUGUUACGGAAGAGCAGCUGAAUCACACAAGACAGGUCGUCGAACAAUUCCUCGCACCAGGUGGUGAGGGGGAAAAGCUUCACCGGUUUAUCAUGGAACGGUCAAAGAAGCGCGAGAACUGGCUCGAGGAAUGGUGGAUCAAUGGCACAUACCUUGACGUGCGCCACCCUCUCCCCGUCUACUCAAGCCCAGCAACACUGUGUCCCAGACAGACGUUUGCAGACGAGAGCGCUAUGCUCAAGCACGCUGCAAAAUUGGUUGCCGCGUCGGUUGAAUUCAAGGAUCUCAUAGACAGAGAGGCUCUACCGCCCGAUGUCGCCGGUGGGGCCCCGUUGGACAUGCACAUGUACCUGAAGCUUCUCGCCGCUUACCGAAUGCCUCGAAGCAAACGAGACGAGAUUAUAGUUUAUGGUGAAGAGCCUAACCCGCCUAAGCACAUAAUCGUCAUGCAUAAUAAUCACAUAUUUCAAGUGGUGGUGUACAACAACCGAGGAAAACCUCUGCACGAGAACGAUAUUUACCAUCAGCUGCUUCAGGUCGUCGAGCAGUCCAGGUCCCUCGAUCCGCCUGUCGGCAUCCUUACUACGAACCCCAGAACGACGUGGGCGGAAGUCUACGAUAGACUUGAGACAGGUUGUGUAACACGGGAGGAUGAGACCGAAGCCAACAUGGACGUCAGCUCCACCAUACACACUAGCACCACCGUGUCUGAACGAAAAGAAAACGAGGAAUCCCUGGAAGUCAUCAGGCGUUCCAUACUGGUCCUAUGUCUCGACCAGAAGGUGGACUUCAAGGAAGAAGACUGGCCUGUCGUCGCUCCUCUCCAGUUGCUCAUUGGUGGUCGCAAGGCCGAACAAGCUGGUAAUCGCUGGUACGACAAGAUCUUGCAGCUGGUCGUGGGCCCCGAUGGGGCAUCUGGAACGAUUUUGGAACAUGGACCAGUAGAUGGCACUGUGGUCGUGACGUUCAUCGAUUACCUCGUGCUUUUUCUGAAGAAGGCUGCAAAGACCACCUGGGGUCCACCCAGCAACCCUGGCCUUAAACCAAAAAAGCUCAAGUUUGCAUUGACCGACCGGAUCAUGCAAGAUAUUCGACAGGCCGAAACCCGGAUGAUAACCAUGGCCGAAGACGUGGACAUCCUCAACUUCGUGUUCAGAGACUUCGGCAAGGAAUUCAUUAAAAUGAAUAAGUUGAGUCCGGACAGCUUUGUACAGAUGGCGCUGCAACUCGCCUACUACCGUGUCCACGGAAGAGUAACAGCGACGUACGAAAGUGGUUCGACUCGACGCUUCUUGCAUGGGCGCACCGAGGCCAUCCGGUCAGCGUCUUACGAAAGCAGUCUCUUCUGUAAGAGCUUCCUCAACAAGGAUCUCAAUGUCAGCGAACGAGAACGGCUGCUCAGGAACGCUGUCGUCGCACAUAAGGAAUACGCCAUAGAAGCCAUCAGUGGCCGUGGGAUCGACAGGCUCCUGCUGGGCCUCCGUAAGGCUGCCGAGGAAUUAGGUAAGCCGACGCCCAAGCUCUUCCAGGAUCACGGUGUCAAGGAGAGCUGCAACUUUCGCCUCGCUACUAGUCAGGUGACCGCUCGUGGCGAGGUGGGCCUGUUCUACGGCACAAAGACCGUCGGCGGCUACGGUGUGUGCUAUGGAUUUCAACUCAAUUCUAUAUUCGUCGGCAUCAGCUGUCGCAACACAGACGCCGACACGUCUGCCACGAAGCUUCAAUCUGCGCUAGAAGAAAGCCUGCGUGACAUGGCACAAGUAGUGGUGCUCUCGCAAAAGGCCAAGCUGUGACAUGAAGUAAAAUUAUAGGUGACACAGCGCUAUAAAUGUCGCGUGGCUGUCGUAUUACAACUGCUUUAUUUGUGCAUUAUAUAUUUUCACAGGUUUCUGCCAAAUGAAAUAUAUACAGAGACCUAUGGCGCUCUGUUUGUAAUUUUUUUCAACCCUGUGUUAGCUCCACGAAGCGCAACUGUAGCCAUGAGCGUCGUAUGGACAUGGACAGAGAGGACAAGAGGAAGGGGUAUGAGGGUUUAGUAUGCGUCCUGGGCUGACUUCAUUGGGAACUGUGUCGACACUAGUCUCAACGUCUGCUGGAAAACCCAGAAAAAACCUCAGGUGGCGCAGUCGGUUGUAGGAUUCGAACCAAUUAAUCACCUACCAGUCUUCAGCACCACCCCUGUACCACCAGCGACCGGAUGACCCGCGCGACCACCGGCGACCAAUUUUGCGACUAACGUCAACGAACGGGGCCUACAACGUCUAUAUAGGUGACGACAUGUGUGGUGAUUUCCGCCAACCGCAAAUAGAUGGCACAAGAGCCCAUUGAUAGAUCAUUUGUCUGCCUCACGAGCAGGGUUGAGGGGCUUUUGGUUUCUGUGGUUAAAAAGCGUGAGCGCGUUCGCUGGUUCCGGCAAUCGUCAGGAAGUGGGCCUUGUUUGUUGAACUUGUUUGCAUGUGAGUAAUUAAAUGGUUCGUUUCUUUGUC